GCGCUGGGUCCGCCCCGUCGCGGGAUGCCGGCGGUGGGGCGCGGGGCGCUGGCGGCCCUGGCGCUGCUGGGCCCGGCGGAGCGGGGCCGCCCCUUCGCCGUGCUGCAGAAACAGAACCUGGUGCUGCUCGGCAGCAUCCUCAGCGCGCUGCUGCUCACCAUCAUCCUCAUGGCCAUCUGCGUCUACAAGCCCGUGCGGCGGCGGUAGCGGCGCCAGAGCCAGGCCCGAGCCUGGGUCCGUCCUUGGAAGCGCUGCUCAUGUGCCCCCCUGUUCUCCCGCCUGGUACCCAGCCCUGCCGCCCGCUGCAUCUCCUGCCAGCUGCAGGAUGCCCUGAUGGAUGCGGUGGGUGGCUGCAUCAGCACCAGCGUGGCCGGGUGCAGGCAGUCACGGCAGGCUGACUCCGGACCUCCCGCAGUGAACCCGGCUGGGUUUGAGCAGCGUUUCAGCGAGGCUGGUCCGUCAGGAUGUGCUGGAGUGAUCGGUGCCUGGAACCACCCUGGGUCGGCAGGAGAGCACAGCCAGCUGCUCACAGCGUGCUCGGCUCCACCACAUAUAGUUUUGUGUUCAUAUUAACUCGGUUCCUCGCUUGAAUGAUGAAUCUUGAGGGUGGGACAGGGCUUGGAGCAAGCUGCUCUAGUGGAAGGUGUCCCUGCCCGUGGCAGGGGGUUGGAGCUGGAGGAGCUUUAAGGUCCCUUCAACCCAAACCAUUCCAUGACUGCAGUUUGGCAGCUGCGGGGUCUGGCCCAUGUUUCCCUAAGGGCAGAAACACCAAAGCAGGAGCAGCUCCUGGUGUAGCUGCUCUGGGACAGGCUUGUCAUUCCCCAUGGUAUUUAUUUAACUCUCGGCUCAACAGCCCCAACCCACCUUGCACCAAAUGUCCGUGCCCAGCCUGUCAGGAGCUGGGAUGCAGCUGAGGGUUUCCACUACCGGGAUCCAGCUCCUGGAGGUUCCUUGUGGGGAAGCUCCAGCCAGCCCUGUCCCACCAGUAAGAGAUUCAGGUGUUUACACUGGAAUCCCACUUGGUAUGAAUGCUGCUGUUUUCAUUUGCACUGCUCCGAGUAGUAACUGGAUUUUGCUUCUUGAGUAUACCUGUUAUUUAACAUAGGGGGGUCUGCCUAGUAAUUUAUUUAGUGUUUUAAAACUUCCCUUCUGGAACGACUGUGCUGACUGUUCCCUAAACCCUUGUGCUGCA